AUGGAUUCGUGUUUGCGCGCACUCUGCGUGUCUUUGGUGCUGGCGUCGAUCACCCGCAGGUCAGGUGCGCUCGGACCGGUUAUAAGAUGCGAACCUUGCGAUGCGACGGCGCGGCUUUUGUGCAAACCUUUGACCAAAGACUGCGCCGAGAAGGUCCGCGAGCCGGGCUGCGGCUGCUGCCUGACGUGCGCGCUGACUUUGGGCGAGCCGUGCGGGGUGUACACGGCCAGAUGUGGGUCAGAACUGACGUGUCAGCAUCCGCCCGGUGACACCAAACCUCUGCAGGCUCUGCUGGAAGGACGCGGGAUCUGCGCCAACGCCACCAGCAGGCGGACGACGCUCAAACCGACGCCUCCUCCUCCGCGCAACGAGCUCCCCGAGGUUCAGGAUGAGGAGCAGAACUCCACCUCCCCAGGCCUUCAAGCCCUGGACGGCACCCGCAGACCCGUCAGGUUACCCCCGCACCCCUUUAUCCCCUUGGCCAAAGCAGAGGUCCUGAGACGGGAGCAGCAGAAGAGAACGCAGACGUUUAAAAUGGAGAAGGUCUCAGGCGCACUCAUCACAGAGCAACAGAACUUCUCUCUGGAGACCAAACAGGAGCCAGACUAUGGUCCAUGUCGGAGAGAGAUCGAGAGCAUUCUCAGUGGCCUGAAGAUCACAGACACUCUCAUCCCCAGAGGUUUCCGCAUACCAAACUGUGACAAAAAAGGCUUCUAUAAGAGAAAACAGUGUCGCCCAUCCAAAGGCAGGAAGCGAGGCUUCUGCUGGUGUGUGGACAAAUACGGGCAGCCUUUGCCAGGUUUUAAUGGGAAGGAGCAAGGAGACACCCAGUACUAUAACUCCGAGAGCCAAUAG